GCAGACUGCAGCUGCCAGCUACCCAGUGUAUCCAAGAUGGCGGAAGGAGACGGUUUGUCGGUGGCGCCUCUCCGCAGCCUGGACGAUUUCCUGAUGGAGUCUGCCAGGUUCCAGAUCCCCAACCUAAAGGACCCGGACAAAUGGGCCAACAGGGUGAUACAGAACUUGCUCUACUAUCAGACCAACUACUUCCUCACCUACCUUGUCAUCUUCGCCGUGGUGGGAGUGAUUCAUCCCACCAAGAUGUUCUGUGGCAUGACAGCAGUGGGUCUUGCCUUCGGUCUCUUCUACUACAUGACCAACAGCAAGCAACCAGCAGCUGAGUUUAAGAAGAACCACCCUGUGCUGUCCCUGCUGGCAGUGGUGUUGGGAGCCUACUUUGUGGUGUACCUACUUGGCUCUGUGGUGGUGUUCCUCAUGGGUAUCUUGUUGCCCAUCACCGUGAUCUUCCUUCAUGCAUCGAUGAGGCUACGCAAUCUGAAGAACAAGCUGAUGAAUAAAGUAGAAUACCUGGGAAUGAAGAAGACCCCCAUGGGAGUCAUCCUAGACACUCUUGGCCUGGAACAAGAUUUCUUCACGUCCAAGGUGACUCUUGACAGUGGAAGUGCAAAGUUCGUGGACGACCUGAUGAACAACAUGACUACAAAGCUGAAGUCCACGAUGAACAGUGACAGUGCAAAGCUCCUGAAAGAUUUGAUGAAUGACAAGCCUACUAAAUUUAAAUAGGCACAACCUUCACUCUUACUUCCCUUCAAUUCUUUGUUCACAAUGCUUUUGCUGUGCUUGAAACUUUGUAUAUCCAUCAAUGCUGCUUUUGUCACCAAUGCACCUAUCAUACAUUAAAAUUUGUUUAACUUAGUUUGGUUAUGGUUGUUUUUUUUUAUAAAUAUUUAAAUAAUUGUGAUACAUUACUGUACAACAUAUACAAAAUAAAUUAUAAAGAAAUGUUGCACAUGUAUGUGUAGGAUAUGACCAGCUGUUUUUUCCAUGUACUUAAGUGCUUCAAUACAUUAAACACUGAC